AUGUGCUCUAAAGUUCUAACACAAAGGGGAUUGGAUGAAGCUCUGAAGUGGGUCAAGGAGCAACCUGCAUGGAAACGAUCUAAAGGAAGAGACCACAUACUUUCGGGUCAUCAUCCCUGGUCUUUCAAGUCUGUCCGCAGAUUUAUGAAGAAUGCAAUUGGGCUGCUACUAGAUAUGGACUCGACAGGAAACUGGUACAAGCCUGGACAAGUUUGGCUUGAGAAAGACAUGAUACUUCCCUAUGCCCCAAAUGUCGAUCUAUGUGAUGCAAAAUGCUUGUUAGAAAUUGAAUCUAAUAGAAGCACACUGCUACUUUUUCGUGGAAGACUGAAGAGAAAUGCUGGAGGAAAGAUAUGUGCUAAACUUGUGUCAGAACUUAAUGGUGCUGAUGGUGUAGUUAUAGAGAAGGGGAGUGCUGGAGAGGCAGGAAAAGCAGCAGCUUAG